AAAAAAAAGAAGAAGAAGAAGAAUCUGAACUGAAAUGCAACAGCAACCAAUGAGUGAAGUGUCCAGGUAAUAGACAGGUAACCAAGGCAGGGAUUCUGAACCGUGACGCUGCUGCAAUGUCAGUGUGUCUAUACACCUGCGUGGGCACAUGCACGAGCUGCACGACUUCCUAGCUUCACCUGCACAGACACUCCGCGCGGGGACGAGAGCAGCUGUCAUCCCCGUCGACUUGUCGAGGCCCAUUUAAUCUGACUGGGGAAAACGGAAUGAAAAAUCUCGGGACUCGGUUCUGAGCAAGUUCCCCGUGCUGACAGCCUGCCGAGAAGUUUACGCAUGGAAACGGGUCAAAGCCUGCCCAACUGAGACGAGCUGAAGCUGGAAGAGGAGACUGGGUGGAGGGUGGACCACAGAGGCAUACGAGGUCUUGAGGCCCUGAGUGUUGAGCAUCCAUUUGAGCCAGCAUGAAUCCAAUGUGGAAGGUUUAUAAGAGCAAGGUGAUGAAGACACUCAACCCCGAGUACGAGGAGGACACUGCUGAAGAGGUCACAGACGUGGAGAAUGAUAUGAUUCCAGUGCAGGAGGAUGAGGGCCCUAACGCCGUCUCCCAGUUGGCCAGGAAAAUGCAGGGGGCCGGGUCUAAAAGCUGGAACAGGCUAUCAUCUCUCUUCAACAAAGAAGAUGAGCACCAGCUUCUAGAGGAGACCGAGAGCCCGCCAGUCGCUGACCAUCCACUCGCAGUAAAGCCGGAGGAACCCCCUCGACCUGGUAAACGCUCGGCGUUCUGGGAUAGCUUCGCUGCUAACUGGGCUGCCAAGAAGCAGGCCGAAGCUGCAGCGGCAGCUGCUGCAAACGAGGCCGUGCAGUGUGAGGAAGGGCCGAUGGAGGCCGCAGGGCAGGAACGCCAGGAUGGGCACGCAGCCGAGGGCGAGGAGAGUGAGGGAGGAGGAAGGAGCAACAACAGCUUCUCCAAAUACAUGUCGCUGGGAGAAGGAGGCAACGAGGACGUGUCGUUCAAGUGGAACUUUGUUACCAGCAAGCUGGCAGACCUGAAGAGCAAGAGCAUGACCAAGACCAACUAGCUACCUGUCAAGAAGAAACCAGCUGAAUAUACAGGAGUGUGGAGGAAGUUUAGAGGGAGGCUGUAUGUAUUGCUCAGCUAUUGUAGAAGUCCUUUGAUCGUAUUCAGAACACGGUCUGGUAUUACAACUGGAUAAGACACAAAAUGUUACAAUAAACAGGGAUUUUUAAACCUUUCCUUACACAUGACCCUGUUUAGGAUCCAUUUAUGUAUUUGUGAUGAGUUUUCAAGAGUGAAGAGGGAUUAAAACACGGAUCAAAGCAUAUUUAAAACCUAUUUAAUGUUGAACCCUCCCAUAGAGACAAACUGUUAGUACUAAAGAUUGAGACACUCCAGGCCACUGCGCACAGAAAGAAAUGUAUGGAGUUUGCUUCAAAAAGGGGGCUUCUAAAACUGCUAGUACUUGAAGAGAAUAAUUGAUGAUGUUCUUUACUGUUCCUCUGAAAUAAGGUGGGUGUUCUUUACAUAUCUGCUACACAUGUCUCUCCCCAUCACGGGACGCAGCACAAAGACAACUGUGAAACUAGAAAGCAGUGUUGUUCCUGAUAUAGGCAGCUUACGAUUACGUCUUCUGUUUUGGGUUGUACCGGGAUAUUUAUUUGCCUAAAGUGCUUCUUAAACCUAUAAAAGGCACCUUCAUACCUGUCGACAAACUCGAUCUAAUCUGUAGUUGAGCAAAAAACUGGAUUAAGAGAUUAAAUGCAGUGGUAGCUGGAUUAGAUGAAGAUUAUCUCACUUAACCUGUUCAGAGGGCAGGGGAUCAGCAUCAGGAGAUUAGGCAGCGCGAUGUAGCUAUUACAUAAAACUCAGAAAACAUUCACAAAAAGA